GAUAGUCUCAUCAUACCCUUUUCUCUCUCUUUUUUCUCUCUCUUUUCCCUUUCUCAAAAAUCCCACUUGGAUUCUGAACCCAAAAUUGUUCCUUUCACUCUCUUUUUUUUCUUUUCCUUCUGAAUUGGAUAAAAUGAGGGGUGGUUUUAGGUCUGCAGAUUCUCAGAUGAUGAAAGAAGAGGAGGAGAUGGAGGUCCGGAAGGGCCCCUGGACGGCGGAGGAAGACUCCGUUCUGUUCAAUUACAUUCGCUCCCAUGGCGAAGGCCGGUGGAACGCCGUCGCUCGCUCCACCGGUUUGAAGAGAACUGGUAAAAGCUGCAGACUGAGAUGGUUAAAUUACUUGAGGCCCAGCGUUAGGCGUGGCAAUAUUACCCUCCAAGAACAGCUCUUGAUUCUUGAGCUCCAUUUUCGCUGGGGAAACAGGUGGUCCAAAAUAGCGCAAUAUUUACCGGGAAGAACAGACAAUGAGAUAAAGAAUUACUGGAGAACGAGAGUCCAAAAGCAAGCCAAGCAACUCAAGUGUGACGUGAACAGCAAGCAAUUCCGAGACACCAUGCGAUACGUGUGGAUCCCCCGUUUGCUCGAACGAAUCCAAGCCUCAACCGACACCGUCGCCGUCGCUGCCGCUACCGAUCCCGGUCAACCACCGCACCCUCUCCUCGACAGGACCCACCCGUCGCCCUCCGACUCCGCUUGGGUCAAUUCUCAUUUGGCUCCCGCAACUUCAUCAUCCGACUCCGGAUCGGAUCAGGUCCAACCACAAGUCUCGCCAGUUUCAGACGUGACGGAGAACUUCAAUCUCGUCGGUAUUGGCGAGGAUCACGACGGGACGGUAAUGCUAAUGGAACAUAGCUGUGACGGGGUGGCGGUGAAUGGGUGGAUAGGUGGCGGAGAGUCAUUGGACGACGGAUUUUGGGAUGAAGAAGACUUGUGGUUCUUGCAGCAACAAUUUGGUGAUGAUGUUUGAGGGGAAGGAAAGAAGAGGGGGAGAGAUUAGAUUAAAACCCCCAAAUUUGAAUUUGCUUACGUGACGGCAAAUAUAUAAAGAGGGGAAUGAAUGACUUGACAAAUUAGAAUUGUAGGCUAAAAAAAUACAUAGACAACAAAAACAAGCAACAUUGACAGCUUAUGAUGUCCACUAGGCUUGAUAAAAAUUUAGUUUUGUAAGUUUAUAAAUUAAAGCUUAUGUUAAAUUAUACACUUGGUCUUUUA